AUGUCUCAACAUCCAUCAUCAUAUGGUACCAAACCCUCCCAACAUGCAAAGACUCCAUCCAUGGAGUUUGUAGAUAAAGACGUGAUGGACGUCACUCCUCUGUGCAUGAUACCGGGCGACACCACAUGUCCCUCCUCCAAUGCUGGAGAUAAGCAAGGUAAUACCUCUGGUAACUCCUCUCUUCCUAAAGACAUGUAUUAUAUUGAUCGUGCUAUAAGGAAACUAGUCACGAGAAUUCUGAGUGAAGGGCAUAAAGUUGAAGGGGUUUCUACCCCUCUGUCCAGAAGGGAACCCUCUCCUGAGGGAAAACCCCAUGCUGAUAAAGAUGAUGAGUCAUCUAGAUCAGAAAAAGAGGUUGCUGCUGAAGGGCUUUGCUCUCUAGGAAAAACCCUACCUAGCAAGAAACCAAAUGUGCCUCAAGAAAAGAUUAUUGACCUAGAGGAAGAAAGCACUGAAGGAGAGGAUGAUCCUUUGGUUCAUCUGGUAAAACCUAGUGUAGCUGAGAAACUGAGAACUAGGAAAGGAAAAAGUGUGGCUAAAAUGAGAGCUGCUAGAGUGAAAAAGGCAGGAGGUAUAGGACCCUCAAAACCCUGGAGCAAGGUUGAGGUUGGGAAAAGGAAAGAAAGAGACAACUCUGACUCUGAGAAGGAUGUUAAAGACGAUGUCCCAGACAUCUCCCCUGCAAAAAGGCAGGCUGUUCAGAAAUCUCCUGGCAAGGCUGUUGCUGUACAUCUAGACAAUAUCUCCUUUCACUUGGAAGAUGGAGCAGCAAAGUGGAAAUAUGUCAUUCAGAGAAGAGUAGCCAUUGAAAGAGAGCUUGGACAAGAAGCUGUAGAGGUAAAGGAGGUAAUUGAGCUGAUAAAAAAUGUUGGACUCAUGAAGACUUUGGAAACUCUACCCCAAUGCUAUGAGGGCCUGGAAAGGGAAGAAAUAGAGAAGACUGGUAAGGAUUCAAAUGCAAGAUCAAAAUCCCAAUCCAGUGGCAGCUCUGGAAGUUCAGAAGACUCUAAAGGUGCAAGUGAUGAUACAUGUGAAGGUGAAAGUGAUACUUCUUCUUCUGAUUAA